GAGUAUUAUUAACAGAGAUGGUAUUAAAUAAUGUUUACAUAUAUAUAGCCAAAGACUAGAAUCAAGGAACUACUACAAGUAAUAAUCAUAAUGGAUGAAGGAGGUAGUUCCAGAGCGGGAAUUCGGAGGAUUAGUAGUACUAAUUUUAGAGAGAGUUUCAAGAACAUGUUGAUAGAAAGUUCUUCAUCACUUUGGAGUAACGAUACCACCGGCGUGGAGAUGUUUCCCAACAACUUCUCUUUUCACCAAGAAGAUGAGGAAGAUGAUGAGGAAGCUCUCAAAUGGGCUGCCAUUCAGAAACUACCUACGGUUGCGCGGAUGAGGAGAGGGUUGUUGGCCACCCCCGAAGGGGUGGCCGACGAGGUGUGUAUACCAAAACUUAGGUUGCAAGAAAGAAGAGCUUUGCUUGAGAGAUUGGUUAGAGUUGCUGGUCAAGAGGAUACAGAGAACUUCUUCCUCAAACUCCAGGAUCGUAUUGAAAGGGUUGGUAUUACUCUUCCAACAAUAGAGGUUCGAUUUGAGCAUUUGAAGGUGGAAGCAGAAGUUCAUCUAGGAACUAGAGCUUUGCCUACCUUCGCUAACUUCAUACUCAAUAUAGUGCAAGGUUUAUUAAGAACCCUUCAUGUAAUUCCCACCAGAAAGCAACGCAUAACUAUUCUCCAAGAUGUUAGUGGAAUUAUAAGGCCAGCCAGAACAACAUUGCUUUUGGGGGCCCCUGGCUCUGGGAAGACUACACUCCUCUUGGCUUUGGCAGGAAAACUUGAUUCAAAACUAAAGUUCAAUGGUAAGGUUACUUAUAACGGUCAUGAGAUGAAUGAAUUUGUACCUCAAAGAACAGCUGCAUAUGUCUCUCAGCAUGAUCUUCAUAUUGGAGAAAUGACUGUUAGAGAAACACUAGCCUUCUCAGCAAGAGUACAAGGAGUUGGAAUUCGUUAUGACUUGCUAGAAGAGGUGUCUAGAAGAGAAAAAGAAAAAAAUAUUACUCCUGAUCGAGAUGUUGAUGUCUAUAUGAAGGCUGUAGCAACAGAAGGCCAGAAGACAAAUUUGAUUACAGAUUUUAUUCUUAAGGUUUUGGGACUAGAAGUAUGUGCUGAUACUAUUGUAGGAAAUGCAAUGCUAAGAGGUAUUUCUGGUGGGCAAAGAAAACUUCUUACAACAGGAGAGGUGCUGGUUGGAUCAGCUAGAGCUCUUUUCAUGGAUGAAAUAUCUACUGGUUUAGAUAGCUCAACAACUUUUCGAGUAGUGAACUCACUGAAGCAUCUCAUCCACUCUCUUAAAGGAACUGCCCUUGUCUCACUCCUUCAACCAGCACCAGAGACUUACAAUCUUUUUGAUGACAUUAUUCUACUCUCUGAUGGCCACAUUGUAUAUCAAGGUCCCCGUGAACAUGUUCUCGAAUUUUUCGCCUUCAUGGGCUUUAAAUGUCCUGAGAGGAAAGGAGUUGCAGACUUUUUGCUAGAAGUGACAUCAAGGAAAGAUCAGGAACAAUAUUGGGUACACAAAGAUCAUCAACCUUAUGAAUUUGUGACACCAAAAGAGUUUGCUGAAGCACUGCAUUCAUUCCAUGUUGGGAUAAGCAUUGAUAAUGAACUUGCUACACACUUUGACAAGUCUAAAAGCCACCCAGCUGCUUUGGCAACCAAACUUUAUGGCAUAGGAAAAUGGGAACUCUUAAAAGCAUGCUUCUCUAGAGAAUACUUACUAAUGAAGCGCAAUUCAUUCAUUCACAUCUUCAAGCUUUGCCAAAUUGUUGUAGUGGCCUUCAUUGUAAUGACGAUUUUCUUCCGGACUAAUAUGCAUCGAGAUUCUGUGGUGGAUGGUGGUAUAUAUGUUGGUGCAAUGUACUAUUGCAUUCUUCUGAUUGUGCUAAAUGGAUUUGCUGAUCUUACUGUGACAAUGUCUAAGCUUCCUAUGUUUUACAAGCAAAGAAACCUUCUCUUCUUCCCUUCAUGGGUAUAUGUUCUCCCUGAGUGGAUCCUAAAGCUUCCCAUAACUUUCACAGAAGUGGGAAUUUGGGUAGUUCUUACUUACUAUGUAAUUGGUUUUGAUCCAGAUGUUGGAAGAUUCUUUAGGCAGUUCCUUCUUCUUGUACUUGUUAACCAGAUGGCUACUGCCGUAUUCCGAUUUAUUGCAGCACUUGGUAGUAAAGUGGCUUUCACAAUUGGCUCAUUUACAUUGAGCAUCCUUGUUAUAGUGAGUGGUUUCAUCUUGUCAAAAGAUAAUAUGAAAAAAUGGUGGUUAUGGGGAUUUUGGGCAUCACCUAUGAUGUAUGGACAGAAUGCCAUUGUAAAUAAUGAGUUUCUAGGCAAGAAAUGGAGACAAGUUCUGCCUAACUCCACAAAACCACUAGGAAUUGAAGUUUUGAAGUCCCGAGGAUUCUUCACACAGUCAAAUUGGUAUUGGAUAGGUGUUGGGGGAUUGAUUGGAUAUACAAUAGUGUUCAACAUUGCUUACAUCCUUGCUCUUGCUUUCUUGAGUCCAAUUGUGCAGCAACAUGGUGUUAAGUCAGAGCAAUCGAAAAGCAAUGCUCAAAAAGAAGGUGGAGUGGAGAACAAUCAUAACAGAAAGACAGGAAUUAUUCUUCCUUUUGAACCAUGUGCCGUUACAUUUGAUGAAAUAACUUACUCUGUUGAUAUGCCACAGGAAAUGAGGAUCCAUGGUGUUCUUGAGGACAGAUUAUGCCUUUUAAAGGGUAUCAGUGGCACUUUUCGGCCCGGUGUUCUUACUGCUCUAAUGGGUGUCACUGGUGCUGGCAAAACAACUUUGAUGGAUGUACUCUCUGGUAGAAAAACCGGUGGAUAUAUCGGCGGAAGCAUCACAGUUUCUGGUUAUCCAAAGAAUCAAGAAACCUUUGCAAGAAUUUCUGGAUACUGUGAACAAAAUGAUAUCCACUCGCCAAACGUCACUGUAUAUGAAUCAUUGGUCUACUCAGCAUGGCUUAGAUUGUCUGCUGAAAUCAAUGCUGAAACCAGGAAGAUGUUCAUUGAACAAGUCAUGGAACUUGUGGAGCUGAAUCUAAUAAGGAAUGCAAUAGUUGGAUUGCCAGGUGUUAAUGGUCUCUCAAUGGAGCAGCGCAAAAGGUUGACUAUUGCAGUUGAGUUGGUGGCUAAUCCUUCUAUAAUAUUCAUGGAUGAACCAAUUUCUGGGCUUGAUGCAAGGGCUGCUGUCAUUGUUAUGAGAGCAGUUAGGAACAUAGCAGAUACUGGAAGAACAGUAGUUUGCACCAUCCAUCAACCUUGCAUUGAUAUAUUUGAAUCUUUUGAUGAGCUUUUCCUAAUGAAAGUAGGAGGCCAAGAAAUAUAUGUGGGGCCACUUGGAUACCAGUGUUCUCAUUUGAUCAAUUACUUUGAGGAAAUUCAAGGUGUCUGCAAGAUUAAAGAUGGUUAUAAUCCAGCUACAUGGAUGUUGGAAGUAACUUCUUUAGCAAAAGAAAUGGAAUUGGGAAUUGAUUUUGUUCAGGAGUACAAAAAUUCAUCGCUAUAUAGGAGAAACAAAGAACUUAUUAAUCAAUUAAGUAUCCCAGUUGAAGGUUCUAAGGACCUUUAUUUUCCUUCCAAGUACUCAAGGUCCUUUUUCACUCAAUGCAUGGCUUGCUUAUGGAAGCAACAUUGGUCUUAUUGGCGAAAUCCUCCAUACACUGCUAUAAGAUUUCUCUACACCAUCGCUGUUGCCCUGUUGUUUGGAACUGUCUUUUGGAACCUUGGCUCCAAAAUUGAAAAACGACAGGAUCUUUUCAAUGCUAUGGGAUCCAUGUAUGCUGCUGUUCUUCUUCUUGGUAUUAGGAAUUCUAGUUCAGCACAACCAUUGGUGUUUGUGGAAAGAACAGUGUUCUAUAGGGAAAAAGCUGCUGGAAUGUACUCAGCUUUUGCAUAUGCUUUUUCUCAGGUUGUGAUUGAACUCCCUUAUGUCCUUUUACAAGCUGUGGUGUAUGGCAUUAUAGUUUAUGCAAUGAUUGGUUUUGAGUGGACAGUCACUAAGGUUUUCUGGUACUUAUUCUUUAUGUACUUCACUUUCUUGUACUUCACCUAUUAUGGCAUGAUGGCUGCAGCAAUGACCCCAACUCCACCAAUUGCUGUUAUACUUUCAUCUGGAUUCUAUCAAGUGUGGAAUCUUUUCUCAGGAUUUGCAAUUCCACGACCAAGAAUUCCUGUGUGGUGGAGAUGGUACUAUUGGGGAAAUCCAGUAGCUUGGACUUUGUAUGGAUUGGUGGCAUCGCAAUUUGGAGACAUGCAAGACACGAUAGACUUCAAUGGCAAACCUACAACAGUAGAAGACUUCUUGAGAAAUUAUUUUGGUUUCAAGCACGAUUUUUUAGGAGUGGUUGGAGCUGUAAUUAUAGGGUUUGCAGUUACUUUUGCAUUGGUCUUUGCCAUUGCCAUUAAGAUGUUUAACUUCCAACGACGCUAACAAAUUCAAUGGAAGUCAGAUUGUGAUGGUUAGAUAUUGAGUUCGUUUGGGAAACACCAAAAAGUUACUUUUUUUUAA